AAAAGCCAAAAUGAGAGAAUCUUACCUGUGCAUCUGUAUUGCCGGCUACAUGAUGCGAGGGAAUGCUGUAAAGAACAGUCCAGCUUUGCAGACGCUGAGGGCGAAUCCGAAGUGAAGUCUAUGGAAGACCGUUCAUGUUCGAUACAUUGGAGCUAGUGCAUAGCAUGAGGUGUAUCACAGGCCUGAGACGACGACGAGCUAAUAUUGGAGUAGUGAUGAUCCGUUCAAAGCUGGAGUAUAGAAUCCGACUGACAGGGGUGAACCUGACCUGUCAGCUCCAAAAACAUACGUCGUCGCUUGUGGAGGCAAACUGACAGCACCCACUCAGUUCAGUUGAAAGGCAAUGGAAGAAACAACGAGGGUUGGGCCUGUGGGGUGCUGUACCGCCGUGACCAUUCAUAAAAAUAGACAUCGAGGACGUCGCAUAGCCCAGCAAGCCGAGCAUUAUCAUUGGUAACAUGCGGCCUGUU